CUUGGUGAGACCAUCCCGCACCUUUGAAACGCCAUCAGUUUUCGACAGGACAAUACCAAUACUUCCGCAGCUGCCAUCUUUGUUGGGGGAAUGAAGGACCUUUAAUAGUCGCCACAGUGCCUGAAAAUGCAGCGAUAAAUAUGGUUAAGAUAAAUGUUAAACGGUUACACUGUUUUUUUUUUCCGUAUGUAGGUGUAUUUAUUUAGUAUAAGUGUUUAGUAUUUUAUUACUUCAUUACAGUGUAGUUCUGGCACUGGUUAAGAAGCUGUGGCUGUGGUGCUGAUGCGAGUAUUGAAAGAUGGUGUCUACAGCUAGAAAUCAGCAUCCUUAAAACCAAGUGGAACAGAGAUGAAGAGGAUAUCGUAUGAUUCUGAGAUCUCCGAAUCAGAAGACAUCUAAAAAAGGCACUUUAGGAACGUAAAUUUUUCUUUUCCAUUUUUAUGCUGCCCAGGGAGAGAUGUGCAACCCACCUGAUGCAAAGCAGUAUGUAUCAGCACACCUGGCUCCUGUCUGGUAGACAGUAGUCCUUUUACUGGCCAGUCACCAAGUUAUAGACAUGAUGACGUCUCUGUCCUCAGUCUGCUCACCACCAAAUGAAUGGAGGGGUCCACAAUGUCUCAAUAUUGUCUGAAGAACUUCAGUCGCAUUGAGCUGGGUUCAGGUGCCUUCUGGCCACCACCUUUGAAGAAUGGGAUACGCCUGUAUAGUUAUGAAGAAAUUCCUACCUUCUUGAAGGGGAACCCUUACAUUACAGAUGGAUACCGGGCCUACUUACCAUCAAGUUUGUGCAUUAAAAGUUUAUUCAUCCUGUCCAAUGAAAGCAUAAAUAUCUGGAGUCAUUUGUUAGGAUUUAUCUUAUUUUUCCUCAUGGGCCUUCAUGACACCUGUUUCUUACUACCAUCAUCAAACAGUACAAGAGAGGAUUACAUUGUGUUUGUCAUCUUCGUAUUGUGCUUUCAGUUUUGCAUGCUUUGCUCUGCUGGCUACCAUCUCUUCUGCUGCCAUCAUUCAGAGAAAACCAGCCAACAGUGGCUAGCGCUGGACUACGCUGGAGUUACUGUGGGAAUCCUAGGGUGCUAUGUACCGGGUGUGUUCUACGCUUUCUAUUGUGCCGAGUACUGGAGACAAGUCUACCUCGUGACAGUAUUAGCCAUGAUUGUCGUGAUGUUCUUGACGCAGGUUCACCCGCAGUAUUCGUCUCAGCAUUGCCACAAACUCCAGAUCCUCCUCUUCUGCUUCAUCGCUGCCUAUGGGCUGGUUCCCACAGUUCACUGGAUCUUCCAAAAUGGAGGCAUUGGAGAACCUCUUGUUAAGAUAUUUGCAUCUCGGGUUGGUGUUAUGUACCUUCUUGCGAGUUUAGCCUUCUUCUUCUACUACUGUAAAAUUCCAGAGCGGUACUGGCCAGGUGGCCUCCUAAAUUACAUUGGCUGCAGUCAUCAGUGGUGGCAUUUCUUGGUAGUUUUGAUGUUUUACUGGUGGCAUCAGACAGUUGUCCAAAUAAUGCAUUACAGACAUGAGAAACCAUGCACACUGAAACAUCUAUAAACCAGUCGUCCUGUCCACAUGCUUUUUUCCCCUGCAAAAUCCUUCAGAUGAUUGAAGAAUGUCUCACUAGUCUUAUGUUGCCAGUGAAGCAAAAGAAUGUCUGCAUGAUUGUACUGAAGAGUGAAGUGAAAAUGAAGCGGUCCUUUGUUUACAUGAACUUUUUUAUACAUUACCCUUAGCUGGGUUUCCAUGCUAAUGACAUUGCCUUGGAACUUAAUGUGCUGUGUAUUAACACAGUGGACUGUGUUUCUUUUUAAAAUAUAUUACGUACCGAAAGGCAUGUCAAGCCAAACUUUUGCAAUAGAUUGUGUCUUCCUUGAUUACUUGAUUUCUGCACUAAAGUUGUUUAUUUAUACAGCAUGAAAUGAAUGCACUGCACUGUAUUGUGAUAAGCAUGCACUUUUGCUUAAAUGAGAUAUUAAAAUAUUUUCAUUGUGCACAAUUUUGCAUUUUAUUUAUUUGUUUUUUCUGUUUUUCUAUUAUCUUGGUCAGUAUAAUUGUUAAAUGAAUCUUAUCUAGAUAUACCCCAAACUACUUGUUUAUUAAACACAGCAGAAAAAAUUAAAUAUUUCAUUUGAGUCCAUCUGCAAAGAAGAGACACUUGUACCUAAUGGGUUUGCCUAGUUAACAGAUGAAUAAAAUAAAUACAUACUUUUGAAUAUGAAAGA